UUAUUAAAUGCCCUCUAAAAAUCACUAAAUUACAACUGGAUGCUUUACCUUUACUUCUUACCAAUUUAAUUACAUUUAAAUUUCCAAUAUUAUCCCAUCCGAAGAGAGAAACUCUUGAGAUUGAUUGAGAGAGAACAAUCAAAACUGUCUUACUGCAGAGAAAGAUGGAGCGGGAAGAAGAGGACACAACACCAAAAUCAAGAGAACCACCACCACCACCACCAUCAUACAGCUUACUUUUAAGAAUUAUGAGCAAAAGGAGGACAUGGGUAUGUUUGUUUGUGCUUGUAUAUGCCAUAAUCUUAUCAUCUUCAUGGAAUUUUGUCAAAUCCAUACUUUCUUGGUACAAACUACAAGCCCAACCAUCCUCAUCUUCAUCUGGGUGGCCUGCUCUCUAUGCAUCAAUGCUUCUUGGAGGAGUUUUUGGUCUGCUAUCCAUGAUUGCUGCCCUAGCUCUCACAGUCCCAGCCACCCUGGUCAUCUGGAUCACAGUUGUAGUUCUUUUGGCCUUCUUUGGGAAACCCAGAAAGGUUCUGGUGGUUGAAGGAAGGAAGAUCACAAGGGAGAUUUUUGGGUUUGUUUUGAAGAUUUUGUUGAAGGAAGGGAAUAUUGUGGCUGCUGUUUGUGUAAUUUUAGGGUAUUUUGCUCUUUUUAGAAAGACUAGUGAAGGUGUUUCAUAGUAAAUUGUUGUUCCUACCGUAGAGGCAGGCUCUAGUAACAUUGUUGCCUGUUUUUGCUAAUUCCACUGUAUUUUCUCAUUGAUGCAGUGAACCCUUUUCUUUUAUCCUUCAA